CUGACGUUUCCACCAGUGUGACAGUCCAAAGCUCAACUCUUUUAUGUUUCUUUGCGAUUUCGGAUCCAUCUCGGGCCCAAGGACGGGUUCGCAGCCACCGGGGAUAUUAAGAAGUUCGCGCUCACACAGCGUGGAGGCUCUUUACGCUGCCACUUGGCAGUGAAAUCGCGACCGUCCACGUCCUGCUUAUUUGUUCUUGCGCGAGCCCUCAGUGGAUCACUUUUGCACUAUGGAGUCAUCGGAUGCAGCACCGCGCUUCGAGAUUUGUAUCGCGGUUGCGAGCAGCAAGCACAGCCCCGGGUCUGACGACGAUGCUGUGGCGAGCUAUAUCAAGGCGUUGAAGAAUACUGGCCUCGUCGUUGAGAUCGAAGAGGGCUUGGAUUCGAUCAGAUUCAUCAAGAUCGCGGCACCUAUCGAGGUUGUCGGUCGCACAGCGGAGAAGCUCAACAUCAAGAAAUCGACUUACCUUGGAUUAGAAGUACCAUUUGUUUGGGAGAAGCGAGAUGCAUUUGUGCGACAAGCAAUCAGCAACUCGUUGUUUACCUGGACAGAAAAAUACAGUUGCAUGGAGUACCUGUUGUAUAGUGUGGCUAAUGAGAAAGACCAUCCUGUGAAGUUCACGGUGGGUGAAUCAUCGGAGCUAGAGCUAAAACCGGGAGAGAACAUCCUUGCAGUGCUCAAGGCUUCUGAAGUUGUUAAGGAUGUCUUCGUGCUUCACGAUGAAACUACGCGUAAUGAAUUGUUGAAAGGUUGGGCAAUGAACUUCAAAGGGCUUACGUCGCAACCUGUAGAUGCCAUCCACGCGUAUUUCGGUGCCAAGGUGGCUAUAUAUUUUGCGUUUCUUGGAAUGUAUACGCAGUGGCUUGUCAUUCCGUCUAUAGUGGCGGCUUUCUUUUAUUACAAGGAAUCAAGACCAUGGGGAACUGCUCUCCCUGUAGUCCUUUCUGUAAUGACUGUGGUUUGGUCAGUGCUCUUCUUGCAGUUUUGGAAAAGAAAAAACGCAGCACUGCUUACAAGGUGGGGAGUUUCUUUAGAUCGCAGCGAAGGGCCUGAGGAGGCGGAGAACAUAGAUUUUGCGGCGGUGACAAACGAGGGCGGGAUACAGGCAGGAAGAAUCCAUGAGAUGGAUAUCAACAAGCUGCAGAAGCAGGCAUUUCAGAAGAAGGAAUGGCUGGAACAGCUGAAAAGUGCGAGAAAUAAUGCGAUUGUUAUUGUGGGAAUCAUAUUCGUUCAACUUCCUUUCGAGCUUGCAUACGCACACAUGAACAAGAUGGCAUCAUAUGAAGUACUAAGGUAUUUUUUAACGGUGAUAUAUCUCUUAGGAAUUCAAGUGUUUACCAAUCUUGGAGGGAAGAUUGCAGUGAAGCUUACCAAGACCGAGCACUAUGGUAGCAAAGAGGCUGAAUCAGAUGGACUCAUCUAUAAGGUGUUUGGGAUUUAUUUCAUGCAGUCUUACAUCGGCUUGUUUUACCACGCAUUGUUUCAUCGAGACUUCAUUGUGCUACGGCACUUCCUUGUUCAACGACUGAUAAUCGCCCAGAUAAUGAGCAACAUUUCUGAAAAUGUGGUACCAUGGUUCUCGUAUUUGUAUGCGAAACAUAAAGCUACGAAGCAUGACGAGGAACAUAAAAAAUCGGAUGACAAGAAAAUACGCUCGCCAGUCGAAGAGGAGUAUUUGAAACCAGAAUAUAGUUCCAGUGUUGGAGACGAUCUGGAAGAUGGACUAUUUGACGAUUUCCUAGAACUCGCGCUACAGUUCGGCAUGGUUACCAUGUUUGCUUGCUCGUUUCCCUUGGUCUUCGUUUUUGCUCUCAUCAACAAUUUGGUGGAGAUACGCUCGGAUGCAAUCAAACUCUUGCUGAUGUUUCGAAGGCCCAGACCACGAGAGGCGGCAUCCAUUGGAGCGUGGCUCCAAAUCUUUCAGUACAUGGGUGUGGUGGCUAUCUGUACAAACUGUGCACUGCUGGUGUGCCUAUAUGACGAAGCUGGCCAGUGGAACGUAGAACCGGGGAUGGCCGCUAUACUCGUGAUGGAACACCUCUUGUUACUCGCAAAAUUUGGUUUCAAGUGCUUUGUUCCUGAGGAGCCCGCGUGGGUCAAGGCAAAGCGCGCGAGACGAUCCCGUCUCCAGGAGAAGUACACAUUGCAAAUCCUGAAAGAUGGAAAACAUAGAGACUUGUAAAGGACGAGCUUUCGUAGGUUUGAAGUGUGAGCAGCUUACUCUUAUACAAUUUGUCACAGUUUUGGAGCUCC